AUGCAUACUUAUGACCAGCAACUUGAAUUAAAAACAUUGUCAUCUACUCUCAAAUACACAUUCCUUGGUAGAAGUAACACUUUUCUCGUCAUUAUUUUUUCAUCAUUAAUAUCAACACAAGAAGAAAAGCUGAUGAAUAUUCUUCAGCUACAUAAAAUAGUGAUAAGCCGGUCUCUUACAAACAUCAAAGGUAUUAGUGCAAACAUGUGUAUGCAUAGAAUUUUUAUUAAAGAAAAUGUCAAACCCUCUAGAGAAGCCCAAAGAUAAUUGAAUUAUAAAAUAUUAGAAGUGGUGAAGAAAGAGAUUAUGAAAUGGUUAGAUGUAAGGAUCAUAUAUGCCAUCUCUAAUAGCCAUGUGUAUGCCUUAUCUCUGUAUUACCUAAGAAAACAAGAACCACUGUGACCAUAAAUGAAAAAGGAGAGAAAAUUCAAACUAGAUUAUCAUCUAGUUGGAGAAUUUGCAUAGAUUAUAGGAAGUUAAAUGUUUAACAAAAAAACAUCAUUUUUCUUUACUUUUAUUGAUCAAAUUUUAGAAAACUUAACUACUAAUUUUUUUUCUAUUUUUUAGAUAGAUAAUCUAGUUAUAAUCAAAUAGCUAUACAUUCUAAUGAUCAAGAAAAAAUCAUUUUUACAUCCCCUUUUGGCACUUUCGCAUUUAAGAGAAUGUCUUUUAAUUUAUGUAAUACACCAUCCACAUUUCAAUGAUUUUUUACAUUCGAUGGAUGAUUGUUUAAUUUUUGGUCAAUCAUUUGAGUGUUGUCAUAACUUACCAAAGGUCUUGUAGCUAUGCGUGGACAAGAAUCUGGUAUUGAGUUGGGAGAAAUCUCAUUUCAUGGUACGAGAGGGAAUGGUGUUGGGCCAUCUAGUCAACAACCAUGGAUUAAAGAUGGGCAAAGCCAAGAUAGAAGUGAUCCAAAACCUCUCCAUCCCUAAUUCCAUUAGAUAACUGAGAGCUUUUUUGGGUCACACUGAUUUUUACAUAUCUUUAUUAAAGACUUUACUAGAGUUUCUAAACCUUUGACUAAAACUAAGCUACUUUCUAAAGAUGUUAAUUUUGAAAUAGAUGUUGCAAGUCAACAAGCUCUUUUUUAUGGAUUAAGAGGAUGCUUAUAGAGGCUCCAAUUUUGCAACCACCUAUCUAUAGCCUUCCUUUUGAACUAAUGUGUAAUGCCUCAGAUUUUGUACUAGUAGUGGUCCUAGGUCAACUAUUGACAAGAAACAAAUGACAAUUUACUAUGCAAGUAAGACGUUAGUCGAAGCUCAAGUAAAUUACACUACUAUAGAAAAAGAAUUAUUAGCUAUUAUUUUUGCAUUAGAUAAAUUUUUAAUCUUAUUUGUUAUGUAGCAAAAUUAUCAUAUGCUCUCAUCAUUCUAUCCUUAAAUAUUUGCUUAACAAAAAAGAAGUCGAAUCUCAAUCAAUUAUGUGGGUUUUAUUACUACAAGAAUUUGAUGUACAAAAUUAAGGAUAGACAAGGAUGUGAAAAUUAUGUAGCUGACCACCUAUCUAGAUUACAUAUAUACAAUGCAAAUUUUAUUAUUGAAAACUUUCCUGAUGAACAACUCCUUAGUAUACAAGCUAGAAAAUUACCUUGAUAUGCACAUGUUGUGAACUAUUUAGUCAUUGCUCAAAUUCUAAAUGGGUGGACAACAACUAAUAAAAAGAAAUCUUUUAAAGACAUUCAAUUCUAUUUUUGGAAAGAACAUGAAUUAUUUCACUUAGGGGUUGACCAAAUUUUUAGACGAUGUGUCCCAAAAGAUGAAAAUCAUAGAAUAUUAGAUUUUUUCAUUCUUCUUCUUGUGCUGGACAUUUUGCAUCCAAGAAAACUACUACAAAAAAAAUUUCAAUGUGAUUUUUUUAACCUACUAUGUUUAAAAAUUCAUAGGACUUUACAAAUCUUGUUUGAAGUCUCAAGCUGCAAUCAACAUAAGUAUGAAAGACUCCAUGCCAUUACAACUAAUUAUUGA